GGAAGGAGGGAGGAUCCGGGACGGCUGCCAGCUGCUGACAACAACGCAGAUCCACACGCACACACACAGUGACACACGCUGACACACACAGUCAGAGGAGUGGAUCGACACGCAGGACCAGAAAAAGUUGCAACAUUCGAACCAACAGUCGACAUGCCUGAGUACUCGGACUUGGAGGGCGCCAUCAACACGCUGGUCACCCAGUUCCACUCGGCCUCGGCCGACAACGGCCCCACGCUAAAAAUGGACGAAUUCAAGGGGCUUUUAUCCUCUCAGCUGCCCACAAUGGGCAAGGCCUUUAUGUCAGAACAGGGCCUGGGUGAGGUCAUGCGGAAGAUGGGCGUGGGUGACGGUGAGGGCAUCUCCUUCUCUCAUUUCUGGAAUUUAAUCCAGAAUCUAGCCACCUCACAGCUUGGCGUCCUCGGCGGCAACAAGGGCACCUCGUGCAGCUGCGCCCUCCUGUGAAGACCCUCAACAAAUCAGCACCAAAAACAGCAACCAGGUUCCACCCCCUAAUGCCCCCUGAAAUGUAGAACCCACAACCACCAUCAUCAGGUUCGGGGCAAAAUAUAAGAAGAUGGCCCAUGUGCAAGGCAUUCCAUUUUUAUACGCGAUCAUCUCUAUAUGACAGGUUUUAACAUUUCCAUCAUAUGUUGUGUAAUAAAAUCGAGAAUCAAAGCAGGCUAGUUUUCUCUCUUACCAAACCAAUUCAGGGAAAAAAGCUUUUGCAUUUUCCUUGUUAGUUUUAUUUAGUUAACAAACUAACCUUCCAUCAGCAAAAUGGGAUUGCUGGUGCUCUUAAUCAAAGUGUAACAGAAAUGAAUAUAUCUUGUCAUAUCCAUCCAAUUUAAAGGGUACAAAAGGUCAUACCUGCUCUAAUCAUUAACUCACAUUCAUGUGUUUUUUUUCCUUCUCAUGUAUAGUCCAAAAAGGUUAUGUUUACUUAUUAAAUGUAUUUUAUUGGCAGUUGGGUGAGAUCAGCGUUGAGUAGAACCAGUUUGUGAAAUAAUGUUUGAAUAAAUUCACUCCUUGUGCACAAUUAA